AUGAAAUGUAUCACUCAUAAUAUAACUGAUUCAUAAAAUCACAAAUAUAGUGCAAUAGUUUUUUUUUAAUACAUUUGUAAAAUAGGAAAUAUUAAUUUUUCUUAAAAGUUUAAACAUUAAUAAUAAAUAAUAAUGAAAAGCUAUAUAUUUAUUGUUACAUUACAUUUGAUUUUUCUGCCAUUUUUUGAAUGUACAAAUACAACAUAUGAUCAAGUACUACAACCUAUUGAAAUUAUUUAUCCUAAAUGUUUUCGUGCGACAGAACGAACAGAAAUCAUGGUGCAUAAAGAAUACUUCAAUCCAGUGCAUGGUUAUGCAAUUAGUCCAUUUAAAAGUCCAAAUGAAAAUAGGAAUCAUUUCUAUCACAAAAAUGUGAAUAAUAAGAUAAAGAUUAUAGUACUGCAUUUUACUGGUAUAGAUUUUGGAGCUACUGUAAAAGAAUUUACUUCUAAAAGAAGUAAUACUUCUAGAAAUGUCAGCUCUCAUUAUGUAAUCGCGAGACCUACCGAAGCUGGAACACACAAUCAACUACUGCAGGUCGUGCCAGAAAAUUACGUUUCGUAUCACGCCGGAAUAUCUUUAUGGGGCAACUACUCGUCAAUCAAUUCCAUAUCAAUAGGUAUCGAAAUCGUUAAUUAUGGAUAUAAUGCUACUAAUGAUUCAUGGGACCCGUUUUAUCAAGAUCAAAUUAGCAUUGUCGGUUUAAUGGUGGCUCGAAUGGUCAACCAGUAUAAAGUACUACCACACAAUGUAGUCGGACACUCGGAUAUAGCUCCGAACAGAAAAAUUGAUCCAGGCGUAAUGUUUCCGUGGAGCCAAUUGUAUAAGAACUAUGGCAUAGGGGCUUGGUUGGAUGACGAUGAAAUGAACGAGACAGUCAUAAUUUCCAAGUACAGCCCCUCAACGCCGUGCCCAUGUACACCAGACCAGAAGCUGUUUGUCAAUUAUUUGGGUGUUUACGGUUACAAUAUAAGUGAUGAGAUUAAAGCCAUUAAGGCAUUUAAGGCACACUUUACGGCCAAUCAAAAACCAAAAUUGUAUAAUAGUCUAAUAACACGUCUUGAAAUGUAUUGGAUUUGGGCUUUGGUAGCUAAGUAUUCAUAUUAACGCAACUACGCAAGUCUAAAUGGUAAUUCGCUAGAUAUAGAAUAUAGAAAUUACUUACCUUACGAGAAUUAAAUUUUUAUAAUGGUUUUAAUGACACCAAAAAACUUAAAUAAUGAACUCUUCUGCAGACUGGGGCCAACAUUUUCUGAAAUAAUUGAGUUAUAUUGAUCAUAUUGUUUUUAUUUGAGUCUAUCUUAAAAAUGUUAUAAAGCGCGUAUAUGAUAUGAAUACUGAAAAACAUCGUCUAAAACGAGCAAAGUAAUGUAUCAUGAUUCAUGAGUGUAGGUAGCAGUAUAGUACUAUAUAGGUAGUAUAUAGGCUACAGACUACAGUACAUACUUAAUAAUAUUAAAUUCAAAAUUCAAAAUUAUUUUUAAUUCUUUAUUUUGUUGGUCUAAUGUAAAUUUUUUUGAUGAUUAAUAUCAUAAAAAAUAUAUAAUUCCGUUAAUUAUUUGUUUAAGUAAUACUAAACUAGAUGGGCAAACAAAUUCAAAUUAUAAACAGUAUUUGUAAAAAAUGUAGUUAAUGCAACAACACCAUAUUGUAAGGAUCAAAUUAAUCAAGGUUGAUUCUUAAAUGUCACAAAUCCGUUUUAAGUGUGCUUUAUAACUCGUGUCUGGUCAAAAAACGUUUGAGUCAGUUCCAUUAAUAUUUUUACAGACAACAGUUAUACAUAAAUACAUAAUAAUUCUUAUAAAUAAUAAUAAAUUCCAAAGGUUUAUCAGAAACCUAGUAUGUUAAAUGUUAAUCGUUUUACCAUUACCAUAAUGUUAAAAAACAAAACAUUUUAUUAAGCAAUAAAUGAAAAACUAUAAAUGGUUUUUUUGUCAUAAGUUUAUGAGUGAGUCUUUCAAAACUUAUAUCAAUCGCAUUUAUCCUUAUCGGAUAUGGAAAAUGCACAGUAGAGUAAUACACUAGUACAUAUAAACACGAUCUAAAGUAUAAAACAUUCUAAUUUAAUUUACAUAUUUUAUACCAUCGUAGUCAAUGGUUAAAUUGUCAAAAAUAAAAUAUUUUACAAUUUUUACUGUGCGAAUGAUUAAACAUUUAAAAAUAUUAACUUUUCUAUCUUACCUAUCAAACAUUUAAAUUAAAGUUUAGAUUCACUCUAGAAAAAAAUGUCACUGUAUCUCUGGUCACUUUACAUAAUCAUUGUUUACAUUUCGAAUACAUAAAAAUGUAUUUAAUUUGUUUAUAUUGUAGUAAAACUACUUAAGACACUGAUUAUAAUUUAUAAAUAUUAUUUUAGUAAAUAAAAAUAAUAACUCUAUAAUAACUCAGGAAAUUCUUAGGAAAAGAAAACAAUUUCUAUGAUAUUAAUAAAUUUAUAACCCAAAUAAUAAUAAUAUUUUUUUAUUAACCUAAUAUGUUUUAAAUUUUUAUUUUUAUUUUAUUUUUUGUUAUUUUUGUUAAUUGUUUAAAGAUAUAUGAUUGUCUUCAAAUAAUUUGUUUAAUUGUAUUUGUUAUGCUUAUUUCUACAUUUUUCAGUGCUAGUAUUCUAGAACUAAAUAUUAUAAAGCUCUAUAAAUGUACUUUAUUUUCAUUACACUGUAGGUUAAGUUGAUAUAUCGGCUAUACCCAAUAUUUACACUACAAUAUAUAAUAAUCAAUUUUAAAACGAUAGAAUUUUUUUUUGUUGCAUUCAUCAAUGAUUCACCGCAUAUAGCAUGUCCAAGUCUGUAUUUUACCAGUCAUUCUGGUCUAUUGUGUGGUCUGAAUAUAAAAUGUAUAGCACGCGACUGAUUGUCAUGAACUGUUAAGGAAACUUGCCUAAGCGCCAUAUUGGAAUGCCAAAUAGCUUUUAUCCAUAGAAUAAUGAUUUUUCAUUCAUAUGUUGUAAAAUAUAAUACCUAUACAUCCUACAGUUACUAUAUAGAUUUCUUGAUUAAAAAAAAAAAAUACAAACAUUACUCUUCCUUCAUCACAUACACAUAACGACAUAACGCUUAGAUAUAAAUACGACAAUUUACAACAAUUAAAAA